CUGUGCCCAUAUGAAACAGAAGAAGAUGGCAACCCAUUUUGCUUCUUCAUCCUCAAUGUCGUCCCCUUCACUUUUGAGGUACCGAUCAACAAAUUCUAUGGCAAUGUUAGGGUUUAUCUCUCAUUACCCCAAAACCAAUCUGGGUCCCUCUCUCCGGGAAGUCAAAACGAGCUUCAGCUCUAGCUUUCUCUCUCUUUCCACCGCAAGAAAACAGCAGAGAAAGUCAUUUCUAGUCCGAUCAGUAGCAGCUCCUUCAGAUACGGCUACUGGUUUUGAUGAGAUGGUUUCAGGAACCACGAGGAAAUAUUACAUGUUAGGCGGAAAGGGAGGCGUUGGAAAGACAAGUUGUGCUGCAUCUCUUGCUGUAAAAUUUGCUAACAAUGGUCAUCCAACUCUUGUUGUUUCAACCGACCCUGCUCAUUCUUUGAGUGACUCUUUUGCCCAGGAUUUGACUGGAGGGACACUAGUACCAGUUGAAGGACCUGAUUCUCCAUUGUUUGCCCUUGAGAUAAAUCCCGAGAAAGCUAGGGAAGAAUUUCGCAGUGUAAACCAGAAAAACGGGGAAAGUGGAAUUAAAGAUUUUAUGGAUGGCAUGGGCCUUGGAAUGAUUGUAGAACAGUUAGGAGAACUAAAGCUAGGAGAGCUUCUAGAUACACCUCCUCCUGGAUUGGAUGAAGCGAUUGCAAUUUCCAAGGUUAUACAAUUCCUUGAAUCAGAAGAAUAUAAUAUGUUUACUCGAAUAGUUUUUGAUACUGCCCCAACGGGUCACACGCUACGUCUUUUGUCCUUGCCAGACUUCUUGGAUGCGUCUAUAGGGAAGAUAUUGAAGCUUAGGCAGAAGAUAGCUUCAGCUACUUCAGCCAUCAAAUCCGUCUUCGGUCAAGAAGGAACCCCACAGGAUGCUGCUGACAAGUUAGAGCGUUUAAGGGAAAGGAUGCUAAAAGUACGAGAGCUUUUCCGUGAUACGGAUUCAACAGAAUUUGUCAUUGUAACAAUCCCCACGGUGAUGGCGGUUAGUGAGUCAUCAAGGUUGCGUGCUUCCUUGAAGAAGGAAAAUGUUCCUGUCAAGAGGCUUAUUGUUAAUCAGGUUCUUCCUCCAUCUUCCUCGGAUUGCAAGUUUUGCGCAAUGAAAAGGAAGGAUCAGACACGUGCUCUUGAUAUGAUCCGGAGUGAUCCAGAACUCUCUGGUUUGAUUUUGGUUGAGGCACCCCUCGUUGAUGUGGAGAUUAGAGGUGUUCCAGCCCUUCGGUUCUUAGGGGACAUGGUUUGGAAAUGAAAAUCUGCUCAAUGAUAUCAGCAUAGUUAGAACAUGCAGGUUACAUGUCAAACUCGGUUAUCCUAACACUGUUCUCUGUACACAAGGGUGUUCAUAAUAUGAAGCCCAUGGAAGAGAAAUAUUGUGUAACUUACAAGGAAGCUACAGGUACAGAGAAAGUAAUGGAACUUUGUUUUUUUUUUUUAUUAUUUAUAAACAUGUUCUUUUAACAAGUACACAAUCAAGAGGGAAGAGGAAGAAGGGUUAUGUAGAAAGGGAAAGAAAAAGAAGAAAAAUCUAGCUGCUGAAAUUGACUGUGCAGUGAAUCCAUCAUUACUUGUAAUGUUCAUUCUGAUAUUGUUAGACCAUACAGAUAAAAUGAAAUUAUGUGGGCUAUGCCAUUUUUUAGUUUGCUUAAA